AUGGAUCGUUUUUCUCUCUAUGGGAUAGCGUUUUUGAUUUUGGGCUGCAAUAGUCUGCAGUUACAAAGUAUCCACACGGAUUUUUUGUCAUUUCUUGGCAAUCAGUCUGCCGUUUGGAAUCACACCAAUCCAGCUACAAGUGUUCAGGAUCGGUUGUGCCUCAGUCAGUUAGAACUGUUUCAAAAUGCUUAUACCAAUGAAGAACCGUGGGCUCUCAAUUUUUUCGAUUCGUGGGGAAAAGUCCCUGCUGGAGUGCUUUUUGGAAAUGUUUACGAGUUUGGAAAUUUCGACCAAUGUCGACGGGUUGCCCAUAGAUAUUACUUUGGAACCGUUGCGGGACAGCAUUGCACUCUGGUGGUGGAUGUUAGUGGACUGAACUUCACAUUCGGUCCUAUUUGGUUUGGUGUGUGCAUGCCGGCAGCUUGUCGGCCUCAAAUGGUUAGUGAGCUUGUGAGAGAUUUUUUACGGGACGAUGGAAUCACGUUGCUGAACAAUCUGGAUCAGACUUGCUAUGGACAGGAGGAUGAACCGUUCCCCGCUUUGACGAUUGCGGCAAUCAUAUUUUUCUCUUGCUAUGGAGCCGUUCUGGUUCUAGCAACAGCAGUGGAAGCUCGCUUCCGACUGUCUUCUCAGGUUGCUCCGCACUACGUGAAACGCUUCUCCAUCUACAACAACCUGCUAAACAUCUACACCACAGUUCCCCGCGUCCAAACCAAAACAGACACGAUAGACUGCAUAAACGGUAUCCGAUCGCUAUCGAUGCUUUGGAUAAUUGUGAACCACGUCCACGACACAUCACUCGGUAUUCCAGCGGUAAACGGCGUCAUGCAGACGGAAUACGCCAACAGUUAUUUCGGAGUACUCUUUCAUCGGCUCGGCGGGAAGGCGGUGGACAUAUUUCUGAUGUUGAGUGGAGUACUGGUGACGAUAAAAGUACUACGAGAGCUAGAUCGCACCCGGAAACUAAACGUUUGGAAGCUGUGGGCUCAUCGCAUCGUUCGCAUAACCCCCGCCUAUACCGCUACGAUAUUUUUUGCAAUGGCAUUUACGGCUUAUUUUGGAGAGGGAAUUUUUCACAAAACUAUUACCGACGAUAAUAUGGAUAGCUGCUCCAAGAGUUGGUGGUCUGCUCUUCUUUACGUCCAGAACUACGUGCACCAGAAGCACAUGUGCCUUGCGCAUACUUGGUAUCUCUCCGUGGAUAUGCAGUUGUACAUUCUCUCGCCGCUGAUCCUUGUUCCACUGUGGAAAUACGGAAAGCGAAUGGUUCCAUUCAUCGUGUUGCUAGCGUUGCUAUCAAUAGCCUGUGUUUUUACCACGUUCAUGGUUAAUGGUUACCGCUUAAACCGAUCAGCUCCCGUUGGCGAUGGACUGCUGGCACGCAAAACUUAUCAUGCAACGCAUGCUCGCGUCUCGGUUUGGCUGUUCGGAGUACUUUUUGGUUAUAUUCUACACAACACACAAUCCAGGUUGAUUCUUCUAUCGAGAAUGGUUCAAUUGAUAGGCUGGACCAUUGCAGCCGGAAUACUGGUGGCUACCGGUUAUUCACUGAAGCAGGUUUAUACCGGUGACUACACGGUUAUUCCACCAGUGGCGGAUGCCUUCUACGAAUCGCUACACCGCUCUUUCUGGGCUUUCACCGUCGUGUGGAUUAUUUUUGUUUGCGUGAACCAACAGGGCGGUAUCGUAAACGAAUUUCUCGGCUGGACUGGGUGGCAACCGGUGGCGAAGCUGUCCUACACCAUGUACUUGCUGCACAUUUGGUUGCAGGCUGUUACAUUUACUAUGCAGCUGAAGACGACGAUUUACUUUAGCGUUAUCAAUCUGUUUUACACUAUUUUCGGAUUGACGGCGAUCAGUAUGGCAGCUGCUACCGUUUGGAGUGUGGCUUUUGAGUAUCCGUUCUUUGGUGCGGAACGGAUGUUUUUUAGAAAGAGUGAAAAAGCUUCGUAGUUGGAUUUCCACAAAUUAAUGUAACAGCGUUUCA